AUGUAUGAGGAUUCUACCCAUGUCAGACAGCACGCGUUGCAGAGCGUGCACAACGCUACAGAUGCAGGUCGACCUAGCUUUGAGAGAUUGCUAGACAAGAUCGAGAUCCCAGAUCGAGGCCGUCACAAACCGAUCCUGAUCCUAGAUGGUGGUCUCGGCACCACGCUCGAGGAUGAAUAUCAAGUUACGUUCUCUUCGAGGGACACCCCCACCUGGUCAUCACACCUCUUAGCGUCCUCUCUUGAGACAUUGUUGGAAGUGCAUAGAUCUUUUGUGCAAGCUGGCGCAGACAUCAUACUGACGGCCACGUACCAAGCUAGCUUUAAUGGUUUUACUAGCACUCGCCGGUAUGACCUCAAUGUUACUUCCGCCGAGCGAGGUGGGUUCUACUCUCAAGAAGAAGCGGGACAUCUCAUGCGUUCGGCUAUACCUCUUGCAAGAUCUGCUUUCGGCUCGAAAAAGGGGCUUCUAGCACUCAGUCUUGGUGCAUAUGGAGCAACUAUGAUCCCCAGCACGGAAUACACAGGUAAAUACCCACCCGAAAUGGGUGACUGUGUAAAUCUAGAGCGGUGGCAUGCACAACGAAUCAAUGUAUUUGAAGCGGAUCAGAAGACCUGGAACGAGGUCGAUCUGGUGGCGUUUGAGACGCUACCCCGGGUAGAUGAGAUCCAGGCUGUGAGGAACGCAAUGCAAGUACUUUCCAUGCAGAAGCCUUUUUGGAUCUCUUCUGUAUUUCCAAACGACGAUGAAAAGCUACCAGAUGGAUCGGAGGUCAUGGAUGUCCUGGAAGCUAUGGUUGCUCAGACGCCUUCCGAAUCAAAGCUUAUCGGUCAUCCUCCCACACCAGUGGGAAUUGGCAUCAAUUGUACAAAGGUUUCGAAGUUACGCAGUCUCAUUCAAAAGUUUGAGGAGGCCGCAGCUUCCAUGCAGGUACAUUUACCGCAUUUGGUGCUUUAUCCAGACGGUGCGAAUAACAUGACUUAUGAUACAACGUCUCAACUGUGGGGUCCUGCAAAAGAUGCCGCCGGAGUUGGAAAAUGGGAGGAUGAAAUGUUCGACAUUGUGCAUGAGGUGCAAGAGAGGGACAAGUGGGCUGGCAUCGUUGUUGGUGGCUGCUGCAAAACCAGGCCGCAGCAUAUUGCCCGACUUAGCGAAAAAAUCAAGCACAAAAGGUGA